CAAAGAAAGUAGCCAAAUGAAAGAGCACCAGCUGAUGGCAGUUCCUGUGAUCUGCGGUUACCGGUGGCUGUGGUACUAGUACCACGGUACAAAGCUACUGCAUGACAUUGUGGUUGAUCGUUUCCCCUGUUUAAUUCGAGUCUUUUCCGUUUCGUUUUCUGUGUUCCAUCUCUUGAAGUGGGAACUAUUGUUUCGUGUUCUGGCCGAACGAACGUUGGAGUUCACUCAAAAUGAUGCCAACGUUUUCUUGCUCCGCGAUGAAAAUUUGUAAUCUUGGCGUCUUGCGCUCUUGUUUACGAGGCUUGCUUUCGACGAAUUAUCAAACCGCACCUUCUGACCUGACCAAGAAACUCCACACGACUACAUCGUAUCGCAGUCUUGUCUCGGUGAACGACUUGGGCGGUAUCCGGGAAAUUACCCUGAACAAUCCGAAAAAACGGAACGUCUUGUCACUUGCUCUGCUUAGGGAACUGGACGCUUGUUUCAAGGAUGUCGACAAGGAAAACGCCGUUCGCUGCGUUGUUCUUUCUAGCAGCGGGCCUGUCUUCAGCUCGGGACAUGACCUCAAGGAGCUGAAAAUUGAGUCCGGUGAUACCGCCAAAAUUGAAGAGAUAUUUACGGUCUGCACCCGCGUGAUGACGGCGAUACGUAAGCUGUCAGUUCCUGUCGUUGCGCAGGUGAAUGGUCUGGCGGCGGCGGCAGGUUGCCAGCUGGUCGCCACCUGCGACAUCGUACUGGCCACGGAAAAAGCUUCCUUCUCGCUUCCAGGUGCUGCGUUCGGUCUGUUCUGCUCUACGCCUGGCAUCGCGGUAGCACGUUGUGUGCCACAGAAGAUGUCCGCCUACAUGCUGUUCACUGGCAACACUAUAAGUGCUCAAGAAGCGCUGAGAAGUGGCCUGGUGAGCAAGGUGGUCCCCGAGGAUAGGCUUCAAGAGGAAACAGACCACGUUGUCUCGGCCAUCAUGGCGAAGAGCAAAUCCGUUCUGUCCCUCGGCAAGAAGUUUUACUAUAGACAGAUUCAGAUGGGCAUCGAGGAUGCGUAUGCUGAAGGCGAGCAAGUGAUGCUUCACAACUUGCAGUACUGCGACUCGCAGGAAGGUAUCAACGCCUUCGCCGAGAAGAGGAAACCAUGCUGGGAACACACAGACCGAAAAUUUUAGUGUUCAGUACUGUGGUGCUCAAACGGAUGUAAACAAAGGUUAUCCUGCAAACUUGGUUGCGGACUAGAUUAGUGGCCACAUUUCAGUGGGGACAGAAUGAAGAAAAUUUUUGUAACAAACAUUAGACACACUUUCAACAGUUGUUCAAAACUAAUUUGGAGCCCUCUGCUACGGCCUCUUGCAUAGCCGGUGUGUUGCCUUGGGACGUUGAACCCCAUCAUUUAAUACAUUUUAAUUUUAUAGCAUAAGAAAGUUUUGCACCGCGGGUUUGAGACAAGAAAAAAAAAAAAAAAAAGACAAACCAGAAAUGUGUACAGCUAUUUUAUAGGGUCCAACUAGCAGUAGAAAAUAAUGCAGUUUUUUGCAAAUUUAUGCCAUUAUAUGUAUUCACCAAGUCCUUCAAAAGGCAUGAAAAAACUACACUUCUGUGAUGUGUCGGGACAUGUUGAUAGCUCUCUGUGAUACAACACAAAGUUCACCUUGGUUUACGUGGUUACUUUCAGUGAUGAUAAAAGUUAAAGGGAA